AUGUCCCUGGAGAUCGCUGCCACAGAUGUGAUCAAGGUCAUCCUGCAGUUCUGCAAGGAGAACUCACUGACGUCCUCCUUCGCAGCCAUCCAGGAGGAGUGCGGGGUGUCGCUGAAUGCGGUGGAGAGUCUGGAGGCCUUCACCGCGGACGUGCGGGCGGGACGGUGGGACCUGAUCCUGCCCCAGCUGGCCACCCUGAAGCUGCCGGUGGACCUGCUGGAGGACCUGUACGAGCAGGUGCUGCUGGAGCUGCUGGAGCUGCGUGAGACCGACACCGCCAAGCCCCUCCUGCGCCAGGCCGCGGUGUUUGCGCGCAUGCGCGACGCCGACGCUGGGCGCUACGCCCGCCUCGAGCGCCUGGCCGCCGCGCCGUCGCCAGACGCGCGGGACCUCUACGGUGCGACACCGCGCGACGCGCGCCGCGGCGCCCUGGCCGCCAGGCUGGCGGUGGAGGUGACCUCGGUGCCGCCCUCCCGCCUGAUGGCCGUCAUCGGCCAGGCCCUCAAGUGGCAGCAGCACCAGGGCCUGCUGGCGCCGGGCGCCACAUUCGACCUGUUCCGCGGGUCGGCAGCGGGGGCCCGCGAUGAGGUGGAGCGUUGCCCCACAGCUCUGGACCGCACCAUCAAGUUUGGGACCAAGUCACACCCGGAGACCGCCGCCUUCUCGCCCGACGGCCUGCUCCUGGUCACCGGCAGUGUCGACGGCUUCAUCGAGGUGUGGGACCACGUCAGCGGCAAGCUGAAGAAGGAUCUUGCCUACCAGGCCGAGGAGCGGUUCAUGAUGCAUGACCAGGCGGUGCUGGCGCUGGCCUGGUCCUCCGACUCCGAGCUCCUGGCAUCAGGCUCCAUGGACGGCAAGAUCAAGGUCUGGCGGGUGGCAACCGGCCAGUGCGUCCGCAGGUUCGACUCGGCCCACACCCAAGGCGUGACGAGCCUGGCCCUCAGCGCAGACUCCAGCCAUGUGCUCAGCACCAGCUACGACGGCCUCAUCCGGGUGCAUGGCAUCAAGAGCGGGCGCAUGCUCAAGGAGUUCCGGGGCCACACCUCCUUCGUCAACUGCGCGGUGUACGUGGUGCAGGGCUCGCGCGUGCUCUCCGCCUCCGCCGACGGCAGCGUCCGGCUGUGGGAUGUCUACGUGGCGGGGCGGUGCAGCACGCUGUACCUCAUGACGCUGACGGGGCAGGUGCUGCGCAGCUUCCAGUCGGGCAGGGCGGAGGGCGGCGACUUCGUUGCCGCCGCGCUGUCGCCACGUGGCGAGCUGGAGGGCACCCAGCGCGUCACCGAGAAGGGGCCCAUCGGCGUGGCGCACCACCCCCACCGCAACCUGCUGGCCACCUGGUCGGAUGCGGGGCUGCUCAGCACGUGGAAGGCGGUGUGA